AUGUUCACCCCGCAAACGCAGCAGAUCCACCAUCAACACCAACAGCCGCAAUUGCAACUCCAGCAUCCACAGCACCCUCAGCAUCUGCAGCAUUUGCAUCAGCAGCAGCAGCAACAGCAACAGCACCUGCAACACCAUCUCGUCGCGCAGCAGCAGCAGCAGCAGCAGCAGCAGCAGCAGCAGCAGCAGCAGCAACAGCAGCAGCAGCAGCACCACGUACAGCUCCAACAGCAACAGCAGCUCCAACAGCAGCAGCCGCCUGCUCCUCAGAUCAAUCAGGCCAAGGUUACCGUCUAUCCUCCCCAGCCCUACGGCAACCCACCUGCCUUCACCGCUCCCAGCCACACUUCCUCCCCGAACAGUGCCGGCAAGCCAAACACGCCCAACAACCACUCGGUCAUGAUGAGCAAAAAGCGCACUGCCAGCAAAAGUCCCGACUUUGAGAGCAAGGACAAGCGCUCACGUCCCGAAGAUGGCGUUGCUGCCGACGCAAAGGGCUCCGAGGUCAACCUCAGCCAUUCCGGCUCCGUGUCUGACGGUCGCGUCUGGGGAGAAGAGGCCACCAAGCUAGACGUCUACGUGUGGGACUACCUCAGCCGUAGAGGCUUCAACUCGGCCGCCAAGGCGCUCAUGAACGAGGCCGGCAUGACCGAACCGCCAGAGGUCCCGCUCCGCACUCCGCAAGGUCUGCUCUUCGAAUACUGGGCCAUCUUCUGGGACGUCUUCGCAGCUCGUUCCGGUCGCGGAGGUACCGAAGCGGCUGCCUAUUACGAACACCAAGAGUCACGCAACAUGCAGCGCCUCGCUGAAGCCACACGCAAGACCGAAGCUCUCGAAGCGCAGUAUCAGCCGCCUGAGAACGCCUCGCGUUUCCCAAACAUUGUUGUUUCUGAUGCGGCGCUUUCCAGUGCCGCCGCAGCAGCUGGCGGGCCCAACGGCCGGGCACCGGCGCAAGGCACAUGGAACCCAGCGGCGCUGCCGCAGGCACAGCAGCAGCAGCUUCUCAUCACGGCCGCCCAACGACAAAACAUUCCUCUGCACGAGAUCAAGAAUCUCACUCCCGCUUCGCGAAUGGCCCUGAUCAACUCGAUGAAUCCCAACAACCCCGCCAAUGCUCAAGCAGUACGUCCCGGAAUGAACAACCAGCUCAUGGAGCAGCAGCUCCAGGCUCGCCUGCAGCAGCAGCAGGCGCUGCAUCGCAUGAUGCAACAGCAACGCCAGGCCGUGCCCGGCUCGGCGCCAAUGCCCAAUGCCAUGCAAGUCAGACCGCCGAUGGCUCCUCAGCAGAUGCCAGGUGCUACCGGGUCGCCAGCUCCUCCGACACCAGGUGGUGGCGGCAUGGAUGGACGUCGGUCAGUUCCACCGGGCGCAGAGCACACGGCCGGCCCACCAGGCGUCUUGGCCGCAGGCAAUCCGCAGCCCCAAUCACAGCAGCCACCAACACCUGGAGGGUCGCAGCCACAAGCUCAACAACAAGUUCAGCAGCAGCAACAGCAACAGCAACAGCAGCAGCAACACCCCGGCGUUCUUGGGCAGGUUGGUCAGGGAUCGCAACAACAGCAUCCGCAGCUCAAUCCGCAUCAGCAGCAGAUGGUCAUGAACCAGUUCCAGAGCGUACAGGCAGCCAUGCGCGAGGAGUGGAUGAAGGCUCAGAAUGCACCCAACCAGACCACUGCCGCCGAUUUCUACGCAAACGUUCAGGCGUAUCAGGCGAAAGCACAGGGGCUCCAGAACCUGCUGCGAGCUCAGGCCAACUAUCAAGGCGGCCCUGGUGCUGCCGGCCCUCCCAACGGCGGACAGCCCGGUAUGCCCGGUCAGCCAGGUCCAUCGCCGCAGGCGCGGCCCCCUGGUAUGGCCGGUCCAGCUGCUUCAGGCAGUCCAGCCAGCAUGGUCAACCUAACGCCUCAGCAGCGAGCGGCUCAGAUCGCAAACGCACAGGCCGCGGCUGGACGCAUCACGCCGCUUAUGGCAACUCACGAUCCCGGUCUGAUGGCGAGCAUGAUGGGACCUGGCGGCAUGCCCAACGGCAACGUGGCUCGACCAAGUCCGCAGCAUGCCCAGGGAGGACCGGGCCACCAGCAGCAACCGCAGCAGCAGCAGCCUGGCCAACCUGGCCAGCAUGGCACGUCGGGUGUGUUCCAGCAACCCCAGCAGCCUCAGGGGCCGGCGCGACCAGCCUCCGCGCAAGGAGGGGCUGACGAUCCACACACCAGCCACUUUUCUUCGGUGCAGAUGGGUUCGUCGCCGGCCAACAUCCAGCGCCCAGGCAUGCAGCGAGCAGCGUCGCAGCUCGGCAACGGUUCGGGUGGGAUGGGUCCACCGGGAAUCGCCUCUAUUCCAUCACCGUCACCGCGCCUUGGUGCCACCAACUUGCAGCAGCAGCAGCAACAGCCGUCUUCAGGCAACAGCACCGCCAACCAGGCCCAAGCAGAAUCGCCGGCGCCGUCGAACGUGCCCAACACGCCCAAACUCGGUUCUGCGGAAAAGGGCAAGAAGGGCAAUGCACGUCAACGGAAGAAUUCAAGGGCGGCAACAAAGACGCCUGUGCUCACGGCCGCUGCCGCACCCGCCGCCAAUGCAUCAUCGGCGGCCGCGCCAAGCAGCAACGGGGCGGCAGGGCCAUCCACCCCAGCUGCGGCGAAUGCUGCCACACCUGUGAGCACGAAUCCGACAACACCCGGUCGAGAUGCGGCUUCGAAACCAGACGGCAUUGCGGGGGCAGGCCCCGUUGGAGCCCAGCCCACGUCUCAACCUAUCGACGUUGCCAUGCCUCCUCCAUCCGGUCCGUCCAGCAACCCGUCCGACUCGAACGCCUUCGGGACUAACAAUGGCGGCGAGAGCGGUGCCAACAUCAAUGGAAUCGGCGGCACGGACGGUAGCAACACCGGCGGUGUAGAGGUGAACGGCGCCGGUGUUGGCGGCGGAGGCGGGGCGGAGGACUUCAGCAUGUUCGGGUUCGGCGGCUCGAUGAACGAUAUCUUCGACUUUGAGCUCUCCACCGACGGUGCUGGCGGAGGUGGUCUUGGAGGGGACGGAUGGGAUAGCAACUUUGGCAACCUCUUUGGGUCCGGUACGGGCGGUCAGGACGGAUCCUGA